AUGUACCGCGCCGGGGCACUAGUGCUCCGAAGUGCAACUCUCCGUCGUACGCGGUUUCUCGCAGCUCAUCAGAAUUUCGCUACUAUUUCCUCCCAGAGAAGCUCAGUUUUACUGGCAAAAUCCUUGGAAUCAUCCAUAGGUGGUGCUGGAAAUCAGAAGAAGUUUUACUCAAGCAAAGAUCACGAUGAUCCGAUCGCCGUUGAUGAUUCAUUGGAGCUUUAUAAAGAUCUUGGAGGAAUGUCACCGAUUCAAGUGCCCGCUGAUAUGCCGAAUGUUCCGAUUCUAGCUAUCAAUCGAUAUCCAUUAUUCCCCGGAUUCAUCAAAAAAGUUGAUAUUGUGAAAGACGACAAUCUGAAGGCGUUAAUCAGACGACAGCUAUCACUCAAACAACCGUACGCUGGAGUUUUCGUGAAGAAAGAUGACGAAAACAAAGAAGAAACAAUUGUAUCACUCUCGGAAGUCUACCCAACUGGAUCCUUCGUUCAAAUCAUUGAAGUCAGAGACCAGGGAAGUGUUCUCGAAUUGGUGCUCAGUGCUCAUCGCAGAAUCAGAGUCAUCGAGCCGAUUGAAGACGUUGUUGCACCGAAAACAGAUACUCCGUUGAAUGGAAGACGUGCGCGAGGAAAGCGAGCUGGUCUCCCACCAACGCCUCCGCCAACGCCACCACUCUCCACACCGACCUCUGCUCCAGAAGCUAGUGCCACCUCACCAGAAGAAAAGGAGGAGAAGAAGGAUCCAGAGAGAAAGGGAAUUGUCAUGGUUCGAACUGAGAACGUUGUCGCUGAUCCUGUACCCAAAAAUAACGAGACAAAGGCCACAAUGAUGGCUAUUGUUCAGACGAUCAGAGACGUCGUUCAGUUCAAUCAAUUGUUCGGACAACAGAUCAAUCUCCUCCUCCAUCCUUCCCAAAACGUUAUUGAUAAUCCUGUCUACCUUUGUGAUUUGGUUGCCACUCUGGUACAAUCCGCGGAAACCAAGGAUCUUCAAGAAAUGAUGGAUGAAACGGAUGUAUCAAAACGUCUUAAAAUUGCUUUGCUUUUGAUUCAAAAAGAGAAAGCAGUCGCAAAAUUGAAGCAUGAUAUCAACAAAGACGUGGAGAAAAAGGUUCAGGAUCAUCAUCGAAAAUAUCUACUCAAUGAGCAGCUAAAAGUGAUCAAGAAGGAAUUGGGAAUCGAGAAAGAUGAGAAGACAACGAUUAUUGAGAAGAUUGACGAGAGAAUGAAGACGUUGGCAGUUCCAGAAUACGCGUUGAAAGUGAUUAACGAGGAGAAGACAAAGCUACAGUUUUUGGAUCCACACUCCAGUGAAUUCAGUGUCACAAGAAACUAUUUGGAAUGGCUGACUUCUGUUCCUUGGGGUCUUACAUCUCCAGAGAAUCGUCGCUUGUCACAUGCGAAGAAGGCUUUGGAUGAGGGUCACUAUGGAAUGAAGGAUGUUAAGGAGAGAAUUAUGGAGUUCAUUGCUGUCAACUUGCUUCGUAAAUCCGUGGGUGGAAAGAUUCUCUGCUUCCACGGACCGCCAGGAGUUGGAAAGACUUCCAUCGCCAAGUCGAUUGCAAAUGCACUCAAUAGAGAGUACUUCCGAUUCUCAGUUGGUGGAAUGACAGACGUCGCCGAAAUCAAGGGACAUCGUCGCACUUACGUUGGCGCGAUGCCAGGAAAAAUGAUUCAGUGUAUGAAAAAGGUCAAGACUGAGAACCCGCUGGUUCUGAUUGAUGAAGUUGACAAGAUUGGAGGAGCCGGUUUCCAUGGAGAUCCAGCAUCUGCGUUGCUGGAACUUUUGGAUCCAGAGCAGAAUGCAAACUUCAAUGAUCACUUUUUGGAUGUUCCUGUAGACUUGUCUAGAAAUUCAAUCGUCGUCUUUCCAGAAGAGGCUCCUUUCUUCUUCUUUUUGUCUUCUUCCAUUAGCCUGUCAAGCUCGGCUUGUUUCCGUUCAGUUCUCUUCAUUUGCACCGCCAACGAAAUCUCAAAAAUCCCCGGCCCCCUACGGGAUCGAAUGGAAAUGAUCGAUGUCAGUGGAUAUUUGGCUGAGGAGAAAGUCGCCAUUGCUCAUCAGCAUCUGAUUCCACAGCUGAGAAAAGAGACAUCCCUCUCCGCUGACCAGUUGAACAUUGAGGACUCAGCACUCGAGGAGCUCAUCAAGCAUUACUGUAGAGAAUCUGGAGUGAGAAAUUUGCAGCAGCACAUUGAACGAAUUUUCCGUAAAGCAGCUCUCCAAAUAGCUGAGCAACAACCAGAAGAUGAGCAACCAGCGGCUACAACUGCAAUCAGUGAGAAUUCAGAUGCAGAACCAGUGUCAACACCAUCCGAUCCUCCUACUUUUACCCCUGAAAAGAUCAAUAUCAGUACAGAGAACCUUCAAAAAUUUGUGGGGCGACCCAAAUUCACAUCAGACAGAAUGUAUGAAGUGACACCGCCAGGAGUGAUUAUGGGACUCGCGUGGACAGCAAUGGGAGGAUCCGCGUUGUACAUUGAGACAGUUUUGAAGAGACCUGUUGAUGUGACAUCUGAUAAGGAUGGAAGUAUCGAAACGACUGGAAACUUGGGAGAUGUGAUGAAGGAGAGUGUGAGGACGGCGUUGACAGUGUCAAAGGGGAUUCUGGCAAGAGAACAACCGGAUAACAAGUUCUUUGACAAAUCACAUAUUCAUAUUCAUGUGCCAGAGGGAGCCACUCCAAAAGACGGACCAUCUGCUGGAGUGACACUCGUCUCAAGUCUCCUCUCGCUUGCAUUGAACCGCCCAGUUGUUCAGGAUAUGGCGAUGACUGGAGAAAUCUCGCUGACAGGAAAAGUACUACCAGUUGGUGGAAUUCGGGAGAAAAUUAUUGCUGCCCGUCGAGUUGGUGCUAAGCGAGUAUUCCUGCCAGCAGAGAACCGACGAGAUUUCGAUGAUCUCCCAGAAUUCAUGAAAUCCGAAUUGGACAUUCGAUUCGUGUCUCAUUACGAUGAGCUCUAUGAGCAUCUCUUCCAAUGA